AUGUUUUCAACCGUCCUCAAGUCGAAGUCACCUUCGAUAUCAAGCUCCAUAGCUAUCGUGUGCGAUAAGCAGGCUACAACAUAUCUAUCUGCCACCAAUAUAAAUUUCCGCCGCUUAUCCCACCUACCGUCAUACCGACGAUCCAUUCACUCACAGCAGUUCCAACCUUUCGUCCCUCCUAGCCCCGAGUCCCUUGGGAAACCCCGCCGUGCAAAGACAUACCCGCGAACUCGCAAAUGGCUUCGACGGCUCUUUUACACAGGCGCAUCUCUCGGCGCAUUGUAUAUCUUGGAUAGCCAGUUCAACGCUUCCUGCAUCACUCGCACCACUCGCACAUUCGCACUUGGCCUCUUCGUUGCUCUCGACUAUAAAAUCAACUUCCGUCCUAACCCUCCACUAGCAAAAUCUAUCGCAGCUGUGCACGCUCGGAGUGCGGAGCGUCUCUCUGUACUCCUUCGUGAGAAUGGCGGAUUAUACUUGAAAAUUGGCCAGGCAAUAGCCAUGCAAGCAGCCGUGCUUCCGCCGGAGUUUCAGAAAAUGUUCUCUCGUAUGUUCGACGAUGCCCCACAAAACGAUUGGAAAGAUGUGGAGAAGGUUAUCAAAGAAGAUUUUGGAAAAUCAGUUGAAGAGGUAUUUGGAGUUAGCUUUGAUGAUGACCCGAGCCGUGGAGUCAUGGAACGCACCGCCAGAGCUAGUGCUAGUGUAGCCCAGGUCCAUUGGGCCAGACUAGCAGAUGGGAGAGAGGUCGCAGUCAAAAUACAAAAGAGGGAGAUUGCACGACAGGUGAAAUGGGAUCUAUGGGCAUUUAAGGUCAUCUCGUACCUCUACUCCAAGGCUUUUGACAUACCAUUUUAUAGCCUAGUUCCAUUUGUAUCAGAACGACUCUUCUUGGAAACGGAUUUUGAGAAUGAAGCCGAUAAUGCGGAGCGUAUGGCUAAGUUAAUUUCCAGUGAACCACGUCUCCGAGAUAGAGUGUACAUCCCAAAGGUGUACCGCGAACUUAGCUCGAAGCGGGUUAUGACCGCUGAAUGGAUCGAGGGAGUCCGUCUAUGGGAUAAAGAUGCCCUGACUCGACCUUGGAGAGGAGGCUGGUAUCAGGGAAGCCCAGGCUGCCAUGGUGCUGCUCUAAAGGCGUCGGAUGGCAAAGUACCUCCGCACCGUGUUGGCGGUCCUGCCAUUAUUGACAAGAUAAAACCGGAUCGUGACUAUUGGAAAGGGAAGAACGGCCGUGGCGGCCUAGGCUUGUCACUAAAGGAAGUCAUGACUACCAUGGUGGAUUUGUUCUCUGCACAAAUGUUCCUUUGGGGAUGGCUUCACUGUGAUCCACAUCCUGGAAACUGGUUUGUCCGCCGACAGCCUUCCGGCAGGGCUGAACUAGUUCUCAUAGACCAUGGCCUCUAUGUCCAUAUGGACCCGAAAUUCAGGCAUGAAUAUGCCCGCUUCUGGAAGUCGCUACUAACAUUCGAUAAUGCUGCCAUCUCUGAAAUAGUUCAAGGUUGGGGUGUUAGAAACCCGGACAUGUUCGCGUCGCUUACCCUGUUACGGCCUUAUGAAGGGGGCGAGCACACCACCUUCAAACAAUUAGAGGGGCUGAGCAAACGGGAGAGAGCCGAGCGUCAUUAUGCAGCUCAACAAGCCAUGAGCCAGGCUAUCCGCGAUUUUCUCGGAGAUGAAACGAAGUGGCCUCACGAACUCAUAUUUAUAUCCCGGAACUUCCGCAUUGUCCAAGGAAAUAACCAAUAUCUAGGGUCACCUGUGAAUCGUAUCAAAAUAACUGGAACAUGGGCAUCCAGAGCCCUGAUAGAGUCUCCGUAUCUCACCCUCUCUGAAAGGCUCAAAAACUAUGGACGCCAUAUCAUAUUCAAAUGCGUCUUGUUUACAUCCGAUGUCUUCUUUUACUUCACCAAGAUUAAACAGUUCCUAGGCCUUAGUGGUGGAAUGGAAGAUGAGAUUGAAGCCCAGCUGCAGAAUAUGGCAAAGGAUAUGGGCGUGGAUCUAAGCCAGCCCGUGUUCGAAGGCUAA